AUGUAUAUUACCUCGCUUCUUUCUAGCCUCUUGUUGAGCUCCACCAUUGUGGGAGCAGCUACAGUUCCCCGCCACUUGGAUGAGUCCAAGAUCAUUCUCUUCGGCCAAGAUGGCCGCACAGAAAUCAUGGACAAAGCCGAAUUCUGGAAGCUCCACCACGGUUCCGACAUCACUCAAGUACCUGCUCCUCUUGUAGGCUACAAUGGAACCUCCGGCGGCAACCCACCAUCUUCUGUAGCCAAGCGUGGUUGCAAGUCUAACUCUGUCAUUCGCGAGAACCCUGACAAGAAAUUCUUGAACUGGGACGUGCCUAUGUCCUCCGUCGUCAAGGCAGGAACAACGACUUCCACAGUCGCUGUCACUCAAGGAUACUCAAUCGCAAAUUCGAUCGCUGUCUCUGAGGGCGCUACUUUCACCCUCAUCAAAGAUUACCUCCAAACCAAUUAUGGCAUUACCUACACAGACACAUGGACUUCUACCUACACUGCUGCCUACACAUACACCGUCCCAGCUGGCAAAUAUGGAGCCGUCGUCUCCAACCCUUACACUCUUAGAAAAUCUGGUUACGUUGACACCGGAUGUAUUGGCCAGCCCUCAGACACCAGUACUUACCAAGCCGAUAGCUACUCAAGCCAGGCUUUUGGAGGAUUGAGCUGGGUUUCUGGAACUAUCAGUCUUUGCACCGGAAACACUUACCCACUCCCAAGAUGCAUUGGUAGUGGAACCCUCAAUUAG